AUGAUUCAUUCUGCUUCCUGCUUCUGUUGCGCAGCCUCAGUGAACGCAGUUAUGGGAGUGCGGCAGCCGCUCUUCGUCACUCUCCGAACGGGCACUCUAGCACUGCCCCGCGGCAGCAACGAUAGUGCUGUUGGUGGGGAAUCUUCCGUUGGCCUCAUGCUGCUCUCUGGGUAUCCGAGUGUUUCCAGAGCAGAGAGUGUCUCCUCCACCUCCUCAGGCAGUUCUCUUAGCGGCAGUACUGAGAGCGGACCGCGUCCGAAUACUGUGGACAUGGUGUCGCUGGUGCAGCUGCCCUGCGCUGGGUCUUCGACUCCCUCCAAGGACGCCAAUACCUUUGAACCCGGUUCCCUUAUUUGCUCUCGAAGGUGUCUCUUCCUGCGACCCCCUUCCUCGUCUGCGAAGGUGCGUCUGUGUGUGUGUGUAGCAAGCAGUAUUGCAAAUAUUUGUUUCCUCAUGCUUUUCAGUUGCUUCUCUCGAUAG